UGUUUAAUGAAGUUCUGCGUUUGGUCUACGUUUGGUUUAGUCGUGUAAACUGAUGGCAGUAGGAGUAGGCUUAAUACUAUAACAGUAAGGUGUUAAAACUCAAUAAAAGACCAGAUUUUGGAGUUAUAUGAUGUAAUGGUAUGAAAUUACAUUGUAAACUGUAAACAUUUUAUUCACCAAUAAUACUUUCUCGUAUAUGAAACGUUGAACUUUAAUUGUAUUUCAAACUUUGAGAAGUUUUUAGGAUUAAAUAUGGCCAAGUUUUUAUUUCAACUACUUGAAGUUGUACUUGUAUAAAUUCGAGUGGGCCUGGAAAUUGUAAUUUGGAAAACAUAAGUUACAUUUUUAAAAAAUAAAGAUUGCAACAACCAUUUUGAAGAUGGCACCACCAGCAAAUGGAGUCUACAUUGUAAUAGGAGAGAUGAAUAUGCUUAUCACUGCCAUGAGAAAGGGCACCAGAUGGUCUACUCAUAGCUAUCAGGAUGAAGAACAUGAUCCACUGCUUCAUAACUUUUCCAGCUUAAAAGAGGUUCUGAACCACAUUACAGACUUGUCUGAUUUGGAACCAACUGUAUUUUUAACACCUUUCCUAGACGUAAUCCGAUCAGAAGAUACUACAGGGCCUGUUACUGGUUUUGCAUUAUCCUCAAUUAACAAAUUUCUUACAUAUGAUCUGUUGGAUGUGGGAUGUGAAACAGCUGCAGUAGCUGCAGAAAACAUAGCAGAUGCUGUGACCCAUGCAAGAUUUGUUGGCACAGAUCCAGCAUCAGAUGAAGUGGUGCUAUUGAACAUUCUUCAGGUUCUGAGAAUGUUGCUUCUGAACCCUCUAGGCAUGCUUCUUACCAAUGAAUCAGUGUGUGAAAUUAUGCAAUCCUGUUUCAGAAUCUGUUUUGAAAUGAGGCUGAGUGAGCUAUUACGCAAGUCAGCAGAACAUGUCCUUAUGGAUAUGGUGCAGUUGCUGUUUUCACGUUUAAUUGGGUUUUCAGAAGAUUCACAUUGGUUUUCCUCCAAAAAGCUCAAAAUGAGAGCUAGUGGUAUUGACACAUCUCGUCAUGCCAGAAAACGUCGAUCUCCAAGGCCUAAACAUAAAAAAUAUAAUGCAUCUUCUCCAAAAAAAGAUAUUCCAUUUCUAACUCCACCUGCAUCUACAGCUAACAGUCCUGAAAGUAGUUUAGGUGUUGCUUCUUUUAAUACAACUGCUGAACUUGCCAACCCAGAACUGCACAGUACUUCCUCAGAAAAAACACAAGGACCUCAAGGGUUAGUUGAAUCAGAAAAAGUCAUUAAAUCUUCAACAGAAGAAACCAGCACUCCUUUAGAAACUAAUAUGUCAUCUAGACCUCAGAAUUUGUUAAUUUCGGAGACAAAAGAUGAGAUUGUAGAAGAUACAUACUUCAAGAUAGAAAAUCAUGUAACUUCAAGAGAUUCCCCUACCCAUUCCCAUUGUGAGGAAGAAUCACCAUGUGAGGUGAUUGAAACUACAAUAACAGAAAGUUUCAGUUUACCUCAUCAGAACACCAUUCAUGUAGAUGUACAUAAUCUGGCCAGCAGUAGAUUUACAAAAGAUCAUACAUUGGAAAUAACUGAAUUUAGUGAAAGAUGUGACAGUAGUCAAGCCACAAACAUUGAACAGCAGCAAGAUUAUAUAUAUGAAUCAUCACUAAGAGACGCAUCUCUUUCAUCGUCUAAUGAUUCUCGGAAACAGGGGACAGAACCACUGCAGAACAGCAAUAAUGCUGAUUUUGUACCAGUUCAAACACCUGGGGAUUCUGAAUCUUUGGCUCUAGAAACAAGUUUUCCAGAACACAGAGAAAGUAAGAAUGAAGAGUAUGUUAAUCCCAGGGGUGUUCGGUUCACUUCUCAUCAGCCUCCAAAAGAGGGUUUAGAUCCAUUGGUGCCAUACGGACUUCCUUGUGUACGGGAAUUAUUCCGAUUCUUAGUAUCUCUGAUAUGCCCACUUGACCAUCACAACACAGAAAUGAUGAUUCAAAUUGGACUAGGGCUCCUGAAGGUUGCUUUGGAAGCAGGAGCUGACAGUAUUGGUAACUUUUCAUCUCUCUUGGCCCUAGUAAAGGAUGACAUGUGUCGAAAUUUGUUUUUGCUCUUGAAUUCUGAGAGACUGUCAUUGUUUGCAACAACUCUUAGUGUUUGUUUCCUGCUUUUUGAAGCUUUACGAACACAUCUUAAGUUUCAGCUAGAGAUGUACUUGUCUCGCUUGAUGGAAAUAAUCGUGUCUGAAUCUGCUAAGAUUUUUUAUGAACAACGAGCACUAGCCCUAGAUUCAGUUGUCCAACUGUGGCGAAUUCCAGGUUUGGUAACAGAAUUGUAUCUAAACUAUGAUUGUGAUCUGUAUUGCUCCAAUUUGUUUGAAGACCUAACCAAACUUUUAUCAAAGAAUGCUUUUCCAGUCUCUGGGUUAUACUCCACUCACCUUUUGUCUUUGGAUGCUCUUCUUACUGUCAUUGACUCUAUCGAAACUCAUUGUCACUACCGAGUACUUACUGAAAGACAAAGCACCAAAGAUGAUGUGAAAGAUUCUUUGGCAGCUGCUGAGCGAGUCCAAAUGGAAAUGGAAACUGACUUGAAACAUGAGAAACCCGAAAGCUUUGGCCUCCUUGCAUCAGGAUACCUUGUUGGGCAGAAGAUACAGGAACAUGCAAAGAUCUCUAGCUCUACCAAGAUUUUCCCUCCUGUGAACACACACAGUAAUAGAAUUCCCUUGAUCAAACCAAAUAGGAUGAGCAUAUCAGAGAAUAUUUCAUCCCAUGAAGAACUGAUGGCUGUUAAACACAAGAAAAAGCUUCUAGCUACUGGCACUGAACAGUUUAACAGUAAACCCAGUAAAGGAAUCAGCUUUCUACAAGAAAAUGGACUCCUUAAGGAUCCUCUUGAUCCCGCGGAAGUGGCAGACUUCCUGCGAGAUAACCCUCGUUUAGAUAAGUGGAUGAUUGGACAAUACAUUAGUAAUAGGAAAAAUCUCAAAGUUUUGGAGGCAUUCAUUAGCUCCUUCAACUUUGAAGAUAUUCGAAUAGAUGAAGCUUUAAGAAUGUACCUGGAGACAUUCCGGCUUCCUGGAGAGGCACCCUUGAUUUCUUUAUUACUGGAACAUUUUGCAGAACACUGGCAUAAAAGCAACAGGGAACCAUUUGCAAACAGUGAUGCAGCUUUUACCCUGGCUUAUGCUAUAAUCAUGCUGAAUGUUGAUCAACACAAUCAUAAUGUCAAGAAACAGAAUAUUCCAAUGACAUCAGAAGAUUUUAAGAAAAACCUGAAAAAUGUUAAUGGGGGUCAGGACUUUGAUGAAGAGAUGUUGGAGGAUGUUUAUACUGCUAUCAAAAAUGAAGAAAUUGUUAUGCCAGCAGAACAAACAGGAUUGGUGAAAGAAAAUUAUCUUUGGAAGGUACUGUUGAAAAGAGGAAAUGGUAAAGAUGGCUCCUUUAUCCAUUCUCCUAAUGGUUUGUUUGAUCAUGACUUGUUCUCAAUCAUCUGGGGCCCAACUGUUGCUGCUUUAUCAUUUGUGUUUGAUAAAAGUACAGAUCUUGCCAUCAUACAAAAGGCGAUCUCGGGGUUCCGCAAAUGUGCAAUGAUCUCUGCCCAUUAUGGCAUGAGUGAUGUGUUUGACAAUCUUGUCAUUUCUCUCUGUAAAUUUACAACACUAAUGAGCUUCACUGAGACUCCUGAAACAUUGCCUGUCAGUUUUGGAGGUAACAACAAAGCCCAGCUAGCUGCUAGAACAGUUUUUAACCUAGCUCAUCGCCAUGGUGAUAUUUUGAGAGAAGGGUGGAAAAAUCUGUUAGACUGUAUUCUUCAGCUGUAUAGAGCAAAGUUACUACCUCAAGUUAUGGUGGAGGCUGAGGACUUUAUUCACCCAAAUCGAAUUGUAUCUCUCAUUCGUGAAGAUGUUCCUGUUAUGCCAAGAGCAGAGUCUGGGAUCCUGAGUUCCUUUUAUUCAUACAUCACACUAACAGCAGAUACACAGGCUCAAAGAGCUCCCAACCCUGAAGAUCAGGCGGCCAAAGAAUCAGCUAAGCAUUGUAUUCAAGACUGUCACCCAGAUCAUUUAGUCAUGGAGAGCAAGUUUCUUAGGAUAGAUUCUUUGCAGGAACUAGUGAAAGCUCUUAUCUAUGCCUGCCACGGCCCAGAUGGACAUGCUUCUUUAGGAACUAAUUACAAUGAAGAUUCAGCAGUAUUUCUUCUUGAGUUUUUAAUCAAAAUUGUUUUGCAGAAUAGGGACCGAGUUGGAGAUAUCUGGCCCAGUGUCAGAGACCACCUUUACAGUUUGGUGAUGGGAGCUGGAGCAAGUGAGCAUAAUUUUCUCUUGGAGCGAGCUGUUGUUGGAAUUCUUCAGUUGGCAAUUCGCCUGCUACGUCGUGAAGAAAUGGCUCCACAGGUACUUCAAACCUUACGGAUAUUACUGCUGCUCAAACCUCCAGCUCUCAUGAGAGUUGCUCGCCAAAUAGCAUAUGCAAUGCAUGAGCUCCUGGUGACUACAGCAGCAAAUAUCCACCUGUCCCAGGAUUGGUCUACUUUAUUCACUCUGAUGGAGUGUGUGGGGGCUGGUUCUAAGCCUCCUCGAAUCCUAAGUGGGCUUGAAGGAAUGAUGGAAGCUACAGAGGGUCUCACUGAUGCAGGAGCCCAGUCUGAUAGUGAAAUUGGUUCAGGACGAGAUGCUCAAGACUCUGGCCAAGGUUCUGAACGAGGCUACACCUCUGACAGUGAGCUUUAUGAAAGUCAGGGAGUCUUGAGUACUCCAAAGCAUAUCUUGCAUAAUCGGCUCAGCCUGGAAAGUGUAGGAGGUUGGAUACUGGUUGGUAAAGAAGGAGAAAUUGAGACUGUACAAGUUCGACCUCUGCCUGUGAACCAGUACAACAUCAUAUUGGAGUGUGAACUUCAACCUCAUGAUCCAAAUGCUUUUAUGAAAGUCUGUGAAUCAUUAUCAUUUCUUAUUCGAGAUGUUGCCCACAUUACUCCAGAGAACUUUGAAAGCUGUGUCCACUGUAUCAGACUGUUUGUAGAAGCCAGCCUUAAUGGAGGUAACUCAUCCUGGAAACAGUCAAAGGGACGAGACUGCAGGGACAAGAAGUUCACAAAAACAGGAAACAGAAAGAAAAGUGAGGUGGGAAGAAUGAAAAAAUCUCGAUCCAGUCCCAGCCAUGUUGUCCAAGGAUAUGAUGCUGAUGAUGACGAACAAGGAGAGGAGUUUCCUUCAGGAUAUCAGGAAAUCUGUAUUCAGCUUCUGGACUUAAUGCACACCCUACACACUCGUGCUGGGUCCAUCUUCCAGUCUUGGGCAGCUGAACAAACAGUCUCUGUGGAAGAAGGCAGUGGUGUCAAAAGUGUGACUAACACCAGUUUAUGGACAAGGUGUUGGUGCCCUCUUUUGCAAGGCAUUUCCCGGUUAUGUUGUGAUACAAGAAGAAAUGUCAGGACUUCUGCUUUAACUUAUCUUCAGAGGGCCUUACUAGUGCAUGACCUUCAAGCUCUAACUCCAUGUGAAUGGGAAAGUUGUUUUAAUAAGGUCCUUUUCCCAUUGUUAUCCAAACUUCUUGAAAACCUAUCUCCACAAGAUCCCAUUGGAAUGGAGGAGACACGGAUGAGAGGAGCUACUCUGUUGUGUAAGGUGUUCUUGCAGCACUUAAACCCACUUCUGAGUCUUCCAACUUUUACAGCUUUGUGGUUGACAAUAUUAGAUUUUAUGGAGAAGUAUAUGAAAACUGAUGGCAGUGAUCUUCUGAAUGAAGCUAUCCCAGAAUCCCUCAAGAACAUGCUUCUGGUUAUGGACACUGCAGGAAUCUUUCAACGACCCGAAGAAGGUUAUGGUCCAGCAAAUUGUCAACUGUGGUUGAUAACGUGGGACCGGAUCCAUGCUUUCCUUCCUGGUCUUAAAGAUGAAGUUUUCAAACCACCCCCUUCCCCACUUCCACAUGUUUCUACAGAGUCUUUGAGUAAGGAAGCAUCACCAGACAAGGAGAGUUUAAAUACCAUGUCCAAGACCACCCUUCAACAACAACAACAGAAAACAAGUGAAGACAGUAAAGUGCCUCCUCCACCACAGCGUUGUCCAAUGGUACAAGACCUUGUUCCGGAAAUAAAUACAAAAGACAAACUGAGUGGUCCAAGCACCCUGACAUCUGCUCCUGACCUUCCUUCUUCGGUUAUUUUACAUCCACCAGCUUUCACAAUAUCUCCUCCUCCCCCUAUAUCUACACAUGUGCACACAACAACCUCGACAGUUCCUUUGUUGCUCAACCCGUCUGUCAUGGGCCACAUUAGUCCUCAGACAUUACCAAGACAUCCUCCUUGCGAAACGAAAGAUGAAAGCUUCCUGGGCAGUUAAUCUGAUGUUUCUACAGAUGUAUAAAUUUAUACUACUAAAAAAAAUCAUUACCUUCAUAAUUAUAUAUAAAUAACUCCCUUAAAUAUAUGUAAAUGAUAGAUUAUUAUAGUAAUGCCUUUCAGCAUGCUUUACUUGUAACGUAUUUUGGAAGGUAUUGAAUUUUUUUAGGAAAGAAUAUAUACAUGUGAUUGGAAUGUUUUUUAAAUGAAUAUUUCUUCUACUGGUUCAUGUUUCACUUAUUUUUUUUUAUUGCUUGACUUCAUGCAUUCCAAAAUUUCGUGUUCUGUACCUUAUAUAGACAUUCUGGGGCUUAUCAGACUUCUUGAGUGUGAAAACUUGAUGACAAAUAACAGACUUUCUCUGUAACUUUUGUUUUGGAAGUGUGAGUGUAUUUGUACGGUGUUGUUUAAGUUUACUUAUCAAGCAAGAAAUGUGCUUUGGAGAGAAAGAGAUAGAGAAAAGAUGUUGGCACACAAGAAACAAUGAUGUUAGCUUCUAAUUUAAUCAGCAUUUUUUUUAAAAAACGAUCUUUUUUUGACUAAUCUUAAAGUACUUAAAAUAUAGCAGUAGAUGAAACUAAUUGUUUACCAAAUAAUAAAUUCUGACUUUUCUAAACCUAAUUUUGAUAUAGCAUCCAAAUUGCAGUUAAUAGCAUUUUCAGAUUGAAAGUGCUGGUAUUCUGUACUACUAACAUGGAAUGUUUUAAUAUAUGUGUCUGUUUUGUAAAUUUAAAGCUAUUUGUAAAAAAAAAAAACUUAAUUACAAUGAAUUGUAUGACUUCUGUCAAGUGGAAUGCAUUAGGCUAAUUUUAAGGUAGUCAUGAAAUUCUGGUGUGUCGUGAAACGAGGUAGCGAAAAACAUCACAUAAAAAGUUUUUAAAAAGUGAAGUUUUUGUCAUAUUAAAAACAGUUUUUGUCAUCCAAAAUUCUAAUAUAGGUCCAAGUUUAUAAAAAUGUUACAUAUUAUCUAUAAUGUUUGACAGAAAAUACUUGACAAAUUUUGGCACUUCAUUUUUUCUUCUUCUUUCUCUUGUUUCAAAUUUGUCCCCUGGUGGGUCAGCAGUAAAUUUACAGAUUUACAACGCUAAAAUCUGUGGUUCGACUCCCAAUGAUGGACACGGCUGAUAGCCCAAUAUGGCUUUGCUCUAAAACAAACAAACAAAAUCUUUCAAAUUAAAGGUUUUUCAAUGUGAUGAAAAAUGUUCUUCUUAUGAUGAUGAUGAUUGCCUUAUCAUUUAAUGAAACGUGGUAAUUCUGAUUAGUAUGUAUACUUGUUAGCAAAAGAUUUGUUCCGAGUACUAGUGCCCAUGGGUAUUUAAUCCCAUUGUCUUGAAGAAAGUACUAGUUCUCUUGGAUUAUUUGUUAACAGUAUAUGGAUAAAAAAUACUAGAUAUGUGGAAAGCACUGAUUAAUAUCAAUUUGCAGUAGAUUUAUUAAAGUAGUGAUUAGCAUGAAUACUUGUUCCAAGUGAUACUUUUUUACAAAACACCUGAAAAUAGUACUGGUUCUUAUUCCCAAGGUUAUCAUACACUUGUUCUCAGCAAGUUUAGGAAGAUACUGGAUAGCAUGGGUACUUUUUCAUGGUUAGGAACAUGAAAGAGUACUGGUUAGUGUGAAUACCUGUUCAGAACAGUUGUGAGAGUACUAGCUGUCUUGAACACUGGUUCACAGCAGCGUGAACAAACUGGCUUUCAUGAAAACUUGUUCACAACAAAUGUAAGAGAAUGGUUAUCAUGAAAACUUGUUCACAACAAAUGUAAGAGAAUGGUUAUCAUGAAAACUUGUUCACAACAAAUGUAA